AUGUUCCCAGCACUGGAAACAGAGGUAAAGCAGGAGACUCUUCCUGAUCCCUAUGAAGACUUUAUGUACCAUCAUCUUCAAUACUAUGGCUACUUUAAAGGGCCCACCUGUAUAUCUUCACCUGUGCAUAGACAGAUAGAAGCUGUGAGCAGAGAUUCUCUUAUGCUUAGUUCACCACUUCUUAAGAGCAGGCAGCUUCUUCAUGAUGAAUUUGGUGAAGUCAACCCAUGUCUUCGAGAACCCCGAGAUCUCUUUACCUUCUUCUCUAGCAGUGGGCCUCUGCAGGCUCCGAGGUGGCCAAUAGAAUGUGAGGUCAUCAAGGAAAACCUUCAUCAUAUUGAGUGGGUUCCACCUCAACCAGAAUAUUUCUAUCAACCUACAGGAAAUGAAAAGUUACCAGAAAUUGUAGGAGAAGAAAAAGGCACAGUUGUCUUUCAAUUAGAUUCAGUGCCCACCGAAGGUUCCUAUUUCACUAGUUCCAGAGUGGGAGGCAAGCGAGGGAUCAUCAAGGAGCUUGCUGUUACGCUUCAAGGACCUGAGGACAAGACUCUCCUGUUUGAGUCAAGGUUUGAGAGCGGGAAUCUGCAAAAAGCUGUCAGAGUAGAUACCUAUGAGUAUGAGCUCACCUUGCGAACUGAUCUCUACACAAACAAACACACUCAGUGGUUUUAUUUUCGAGUGCAGAACACUAGAAAAGAUGCCACCUACCGCUUCACCAUUGUCAACUUGCUAAAACCCAAGAGCCUUUAUACUAUAGGGAUGAAGCCACUCAUGUACUCCCAGUUGGAUGCCAAGACCCACAACAUUGGCUGGAGAAGAGAAGGAAAUGAAAUCAGGUACUAUAAGAACAACAGGGACGAUGGGCAGCAGGCCUUUUACUGUCUCACGUGGACCAUUCAGUUCCCACACGACCAGGACACUUGCUUCUUCGCACACUUCUAUCCAUAUACGUACACUGACUUGCAGUGCUACCUGCUGUCAGUGGCAAACAACCCUGUCCAGUCUCAGUUCUGCAAACUCCGAACUUUAUGCAGGAGCCUUGCAGGAAAUACCGUCUACCUGCUCACCAUCACCAACCCAUCCCGGACCCCUCAAGAGGCAGCUGCAAAGAAAGCUGUGGUCUUGAGUGCCAGAGUCCACCCCGGAGAAAGUAACGGCUCCUGGAUCAUGAAAGGCUUUUUGGACUUCAUCCUGAGCAACUCUCCAGAUGCCCAGCUCCUCAGAGAUAUCUUUGUCUUCAAAGUGGUUCCUAUGUUAAAUCCAGAUGGAGUGAUUGUGGGGAAUUACCGGUGUUCAUUGGCUGGAAGGGACUUGAAUAGACAUUAUAAAACCAUUCUGAAGGAGUCUUUCCCUUGUAUCUGGUACACCAGGAACAUGAUCAAAAGACUUCUUGAAGAAAGGGAGGUUCUCUUGUAUUGUGAUUUCCAUGGCCACAGCCGUAAGAAUAAUAUCUUCUUGUAUGGCUGUAAUAACAAUGAUCGCAAGUACUGGCUUCAUGAGCGAGUCUUUCCUUUAAUGUUAAGCAAAAAUGCGCCAGAUAAGUUCUCUUUUCAUAGUUGUAAUUUUAAGGUCCAAAAGUGCAAAGAAGGAACAGGACGAGUUGUAAUGUGGCGGAUGGGAAUCCUGAACAGCUACACCAUGGAAUCUACCUUUGGGGGGUCCACACUGGGCAAUAAAAGAGAUACUCACUUUACUACUGAGGAUCUAAAGUCUCUAGGUUAUCAUGUUUGUGACACCCUUCUGGAUUUCUGUGAUCCUGACCGAACCAAGUUCAUGCAGUGCCUAACAGAGCUUAAAGAGCUCUUACAACAAGAAAUCCAUAAGAAAUUCAAUGAGCUUGGACAAGAUAUGGAUUUAGAAGGAAGUUGGAGUGACAUCUGCUUGUCUGACAUUGAAUCCAGCACCAGUGGUUCUGAUAGUUCCCUCUCAGAUGGUCUCCCUGUUCACCUACUGAACGUAGCAGAUGAGUUGAAUCAAAAGAAGAAGAUGUAUAAGAAGAAAAAAAAGAAGCCACUUGAGACUAGGAAACAGCGAAAUGAACAGUAUCAGAAAAAUAAUUUGAUGCAGGAGUUAAAGUUAACAGAAGAUGCCCUGUCCUUCCAGGAAAGGGCAGGGUUUGCUUCUUCUACCCUGCAAAAACAGCCUACCUUUUUCAGAAAUUCAGAGAAUGCCAGUUCUUCAGCGAUGAGAAAUGAAAAACCGAGGUUGAAUGAGUUACAGUUACAUGGAAGAGACAAGGGCACCUCGCUGGACCCAUCAAAAAUGACCUCGAUUCUGACUAAGAGUAAAGAGAGAAUGCAGACGGAGAAGCCAAGACCCACAGUGUCGUGCUCUCCCAAGAGAAGCACAAACUCCAGCCAAGAGCCAGCUGCAGAUAUGAAGUCACACUGGUCCAGGAACAGAUAUCCUGCCACAAAGAGAGGCCGCGCCGCCAUGACGGUUUACCCCUCCUUGCACAUAUACACGUACCCAUAG